CAAUUGACACUUUUAUCAGGAGCUUUUCCUUAAAAGUAUUUUUUAUUAGGGGAAAUUCAAAGAUAUGACAUUUGAUUAUAUAUCACAUUUACAAGCUGGCGGGUGUAUUGCUGUCGCAUCUGCCGAUAGAACCGAGUUUAUGUAUUUUUAGGUAUGAUUAGCAUACGGUAUCUGGCCCUCCCUUUAGCUUGACCACAAGACAUACUUCGCGCUCGCCUGGAAAACGUUCUCUUUUGGCGCUAAUCCAUCCAAUGCCAACAUCCCUGGGCAUUUAUCCGUCCACAGAUGAGCGAUGGAGAGAGGAAACCUGCGUCUUUUGGUCCUUAUUAUCGUUUACAUCUUCUACUUAGCCAUCGGAGCUGCAAUAUUUUCAUCCAUAGAAGGACCUUAUGAACGACGUGUAGUGAAAAACCUCAUAGCGAAGAGGGAUCGCUUCCUCGCUAGAAACCCAUGUGUUACCGACUUUGAGCUAGAAGAAUUUAUCAAGGACAUUGUAGUGGCAAGAGAUCAGGGAAUUUCGCCGUUGAGAAAUGUGUCUGUGCCGAGUUGGGAGUUUGGUUCAGCCUUUUUCUUCGCAGGAACUGUCAUAACUACAAUCGGUUAUGGUAACAUAGCUCCAUUGUCGAGUGGCGGUAAGAUAUUCUGUAUCGUCUACGCGCUCUUCGGCAUUCCUAUGACGGCCAUAAUGCUGACCGCGAUAGUCGAGCGCCUUCUGCUAGCCGCUGAACGCGUGCAGGAGCUAAUGGCGGGCUCAUGUACGGUGCGAGGUAUCCCGGCAUCCUACCUGCGCAUGGUCCAUCUCACCUUCAUCAUGCUAGUAGUUCUUAUGUUCAUCAUGUUCGUACCGGCGCUUGUAUUUAUGAACCUCGAGGGCUGGAACUAUUUCGAGGCGUUCUACUUCUGCUUCAUAUCGCUCACGACUAUUGGCCUGGGGGAUUUUGUACCAGGCGAUGACGUCAUGUGGCAGCACAGCGCCUAUCGGUCCCUUUACAAAGUCUGCUGCAUUUUGUUCUUCAUAAUCGGGCUUUCGUUUGUCAUCCUGGUACUUGAGCUGUGUGCAAAGGUCCCGGAUGACCAUCCCGGCAUGCUCUUCUCCUGCCAUCAGCCGUACCUGAAAGACGAGGAAGAAGUGCCACUAACAGGGUAUGCGCCGCGUAAAGCCGCUGACAAAGUGUGGGAGGCCGUGGGCGUACCGCCAUCUGGGAACCGAAAUACUUACAAGCGAUUGUCUUCCGAGUCACCUGAAAGUAGCGAUAGAAGUCCGGAGCAGCAAAGCAAUAAAUCCAGGCGCGGGGAUACGCCUAGAUGACAAUGUCGGAGUAAGGGAAUAAUAUUGCACAAGAAAUGAAUUGAUAAAGGACGGAAUAAAUUUGAUUUUAUAAAGAUGCAUUGCCGGAACACAUGCAUCGUUUGGUAGCUAAACAGAUUUGUGUAAAAUGUGUGAUUCUAGAAAUUGAACGAAAUUAAGGGGGAGAAGGGGAAGGCUUUAUGCACCGAUUUCUAGGAGCUCGAAAAACCUCGUUUUUUUUUCUGAGAAGGGAGGUGGAAGUAUGGAUCUUUCUGUAUCACACAAUAACGACAUAAAGACCACAAUGGGGAAACUAAAUGGCCUAUAUUAUCCUCUUAUGAAUCGAUACAUUAUUUGUUUUCAUUAUUCUAAUUACUGGGGUGGGGUGGGGGUGGGGGUGGGGGGCAUUUGACUGUAACAAGAGGUCACAUCUACUUGGUAUCCUAUAGUUACCUACAACUCAAAGGAUGAAGCUAUCAUUGUUGUAAAUUUCGCGAUUUUUGGGCUGAAUUUACACUGCGUGAAAACGAGAACGCAGAAAUUGAAAUUGAGAAAAUAUCACGGUAUAAAACACUACAGGUUCGCUGUCUCGGCGUAGUUUUCUUGGGUUAACGAUAGGGGUAUGUCGAUACAGAGGUAUUUAUGUAUCUAUUGAUGACUUGGGUGAACUGUAGAGUUGUUUUCAAUAAAUGGUGGAGCAAAGUGACAAAAAAUAGCACGUGGAUGUGUAGCUUUGUAAAAAUGACCAACAUCCUCGAGAGCCUUGGGCGUAACGAAUGUGACAGCGUAACGAAUAUGACAUGUAAUAGCCAGAGGUAUUGGACAACUGCAAGAAUGAGAUCGUCUAUGUGUUUGGACGUAUCAAUCGGGGUUAAACCCUUUGUCAAACCCUUUGAUUAGUCUCCGUUAGUGCAGUCACGCAAUUCAGGUGUUAUUCGUAUUUGGGUAACCACGCCCAUGCAGUGAAGGGCAUUUACUUGUUUGUUAUUUAAUAAAGUGACAGACAUUG